CCAUAGCACACGGAACACCUCAGCCCACGAAAAUGACUGACACAUCUCCAGGUCCCCAGCUCCAGUGCGCCUUCAUUAUGCGCCUCUCUCGCGAAGUACGCGACGCUGUAUACCUCGAGCUGUGGCGUUCCUGUGGCCUACGCCAACACAUCGUCUGGCACGACGACAAGGGCGACAGAACCAAGUCCCAUUUCUGCCGCUGGCAAUGCACCACGCCAUUCCAGGUCGAGGACAAGCUCCAAGAAGCCGUCGAUGCCUCAAGAAUCCAGCUCGGGGUCCCUCUGGGGGAUAAAUUCAGUAACAGAACCUAUGCCCUGCGGCUUUAUUCUCCCUGGAAGAACCACUGGGCAUGUGGCGAACGUGUCACAGACGUGCAUGGCUACGACUACGCUAUUAAUCUCAGCACUUCUCGAAAGCCCUGCUGGAGUAGCCGUGAUCUGGAUUCAGAGGGCUCGUCGACGUGGAGUCCGUAUCUCAGCAUGCUGCUGUCGUGCAAGAUCAUAUCCUCAGAAUGCCUCAAGUCAAUCUAUGAGGCGACCACCUUCAUAUUCACCGAUACGACUGCUCUGAACAUGUUUGUUGGCUUCUGCAAAUUACCACCGGUCAUGCAGAACUGGCCCAAGAUGGGGAUUCCGCCGCCAGCCUUUCGCACUCAUGGCAAACACUUGGAGCUAUCGUUGGAGCCAGUGUUCCCCAUGCUGCUGGCCUGCUUAAACCCUAGAUUGACACCACUGCCAGAGGAGCGUCACAAUUCUCUGGAUUUCCAUGGGCUGCGCCUUGACCGCUUGGAAAGUCUCACGACUCUUGACAUCUGGGUAGCCGCCCGCUGCACGGCCUUCCUGAUUGACGAGCAAGCAAAAAACAUGGACCAGAGCCCAUACAAUAUCACUCAGUUGGAUAUUGAGUCGCUUAGAAAGGUCUUGUCGCACUUGGAAAGAGUAGGCAAUGUCACUCUGAGCAUGCCUCUGGCCCAAUGUGCUGAGCCUGAAGAUGGCCACAUCGAUGAUGCUACGCUGCCCUCAAGCCUUCGUAUAUGGCGACGAGGGGCUGGAGAUCGUUUUCAUCCAGCUCUUUACCCACUCAUUGACAAAGAGAGAUUUGAUAGUAACAUCUAUUCGAGCAAAGACAGGGUGAUACGGCUGGCUUAUAAUCCAGCAAACGUUGAGCAUGUUCACUAUUCUCACCUUGUGCCCUCUUCUCUCAUACACGAGAGACAACAGCCCAAGCCAACUAGUGGGCGAAUAGCUCGACUCAUGGAAUCUAUCCGGUCUAAAGGGAAACGGUUGAGGAGAGAUGGCUGAGGACGCAAUAGCAGACAAAGAUCAUAGAAGAAACACUAGUCGGGCCUGGCCAAUUGCUCUGGACAAGAAAACUGAGGAGGAGUUAGAUUGUGAAGGCGAGAUAUGUUAGGAACACUCGGAAUAUAGUGGGCUCAUUCAACCUCUUGUUAUAGUCAUUAUUCUCAAUGAUUGUCUUUCCGCAAACGGGGAGGUAGGC